CCUCACCUGCACCGCCUCUCCUGCUUCAGUUGCUGCUUUCUCAGAAGUGACAUUUCACCACAGGAGGCUCGUUUACUGCGUCGGACUUGUUUCCUUUUCUAAAAUAUAAAGGAAAGCUCGUUGGCUUUGACAGUUUUCCCGCGGAGUGAUCUUUCUUUCAGCGGUUCUGCACAGACCUUUAGGGAUGGCCGGCUGACGUCUGAACCCACGUGCGAUCAGCUCAAACAUCCAGACGGCAAAACUGCUCUGUAGAUGCCUGAAGUCAUGAGUGGCCCAGGACCUCUGUCGAGGCAAGCCAAUGGAGUGGCCAGAUCGGACAGCAAGCUCAGCGCCAAGGCCCUCUAUGAACAGCGGAAAAAGUACUCCAACUCCAAUUUCAUCAUGCAUGAGACAUCGCAGUAUCACGUUGAGCAUCUCUCCACGUUUGUUAUGGACAAGGCAGAAUCUAUCGUCACUGUAGACGACGCUAUCAAGAAACUGAUUCUUCUGGACUCAAAGGAUAAAAUCUGGACACAGGAGAUGCUACUGCAGGUUACAGACAAGGCGGUUAGACUUCUUGAUUGUGACACCCAGGAAGAACUGGAGAACUUCCCCCUCUCCACAAUCCACGUUUGUAUGACGGUGCUGAAUCAGACACGCUACUCGUCUGUGCUGCUGCUCCUGUGUCAGGACAGGGAUCAAUACAGACCAGACAUCCAUUUCUUCCACUGUGACGAGGUGGAGGCUGAAAUGGUUCACGCAGACAUAGACAGUGCUCUUGGAGACAACAAACAUGGAAGAAAAAUGAGGCUUCAUACCCUUAAAGUAAACCAGGAAAAAAUGAAGCAUCAGAGAGAAACCAUCCUCCCUCCCACGAGCCCCAGGGGCCCGCCUCCUGUUGCCAAUCGACGAGUGGCAGCCGCGGCAAAUCCUCCGGAUCCUCGACUUGCUGGACCUUAUGAUGCUGAGUCGCAUGAAAAGCUGGCCCAGCGCAUCGAGAAGGACGUGCAAAUCCUCAACUGUGCCCUGGACGACAUAGAGAUCUUUGUGUCGCGGCUGCAGAAGGCAGCAGAGGCGUUUUCCCAGCUCAACCAACGCAACAAGAGUAAGAAGAACAAGAAGAAAGGACCAGCAGAGGGCAUGCUGACCCUGCGGGCCAAGCCCCCCACUGAAGCAGAGUUCAUUGACAGCCUGCAGAAACUGAAGCUGGCCCUCAACCUCUUGGCCAAACUGAAGAAACACUUACAGAACCCGAGUGCUCCUGAGCUGGUUCAUUUCCUAUUUGGGCCUCUGGAGCUGGUCCUGCAGAGCUGUGGGAGUCCUGACUUGGUACGUUCAGUCAUCUCUCCUCAUCUUUCAAAGGACGCAGUUGACUUCCUACGAGGACACCUCAGCCCCAAAGAGAUGACUUUGUUUGAGCUGCUUGGUGACGGGUGGACCAAACCCAGGGCAGAGUGGCCUAGAGAUCAGUGCGCUCCUCCUUAUUGCCCCAAGUUUCGAAACGGAUGGGAGCCGUCUCCGGAGCUGUUCCUGACAGCUCCAUGGGAAACCGAGGGACCGUCUCGACCACUUGGGACUCCCACAAGCCCCGACUACAAGAAACUCUCAACAGAGGAUUAUUACGGCAAUCACUCCUCAGCAAAUGGGAUGUCCAGCAACCGCAAAUAUGCCAAAAUCCGUUACCACUUCGUGGCGCGGAAUCCCAACGAGCUGUCGGUUCUGCAGGAUGAAAUCCUUGAGGUGUUGGAGGAUAACAAACAGUGGUGGAAACUACGGAAUCGCAGCGGCCAGUCUGGCUACGUCCCGUUUAACAUCCUCGAUGUUGUCAGGAUAGAAGAGCCAGAAGACCCUUUCAGCCAGAACGACUACAUGACUUCACCCAUCGGAUCCCUGCACAAGAGCGACAGCUUCAACAAGGGCGUGCACAAAGACAAAAAGAUGGACGAGGUUAACAGUGAGCUGCUGAUGGCGAUCACCGCAAACAAAAAGCCAGUGGCCAAUAAGAUCCGAAUAGAGCGCCCAGCUGGCCCUCGGGUGCCGUUAACAUUUGACUCGAAUCAAGAGCAGGUGACAGCGUGGCUCAAUGCUAAAUCGUUCUCAAAACCGACCGUUGAAUGUUUGGGGAUCCUGACCGGAGCUCAGCUGUUUUCCCUGAACAAAGAAGAGCUGAAGGCUGUGUGUGGGGAAGAAGGCGGCCGUGUCUUCAACCAGGUCUCUUUGCAGAAAGGACAACUAGAGAGGUCCCAGGGUGACUCCGAGCUGCAGGAAAUCAUGAGGAAGAGGCAGGAAAAGAUUGACUCCACAAGCAGCGCCGACUGAACAUGUGGAGCAAAAUGACCCCCCCCCCUACAACUUUUAAAGUGCAUCAGCUUGCUAAAUCCAUGAACUUUUUCUUACAAUCCUCAGUUAGAAAAAUUAAUACAUUCCUUUUAAUUGCAUAUUUAUUUUGUAAAAUGUCAGAUGUUUGUUAUUCAAGUGUUUUUUUUUUCAAAUUAUGUUGCAUUAUUUUCAAUUGAUGAAAUUAUUGAAGACAUUACCUGCUGAGAAGAGGAACCUGUGUACAGUCUGGUGUCUUUGCAUGACAUGCAUGUAACGUACAUGUGUACAAGCAGGGUGGGGUCAGUGUUUGUUCUUAAUAAUACAGUUGUUUACAAAAUUUGUCUGUACAAAACAUCAAAGCUUUGUUGUUGCUCUUUAAAAUCAGUGCCAGGAUGUUUGACAUAUUUUCUAUUGCAUAGCCAAUAAUUGUCAUAUUAAUGCUAAUAGGAAAAAUAGAAAAAAUAAAGCAUACUUUGUGUUGUUCAUGGCAUGUCGAUCAGCAGCAAGUACAUAUUAGAUUAAAUAUUCUUGCUUUUCUUGAUCCAGUUUGACAUUUUGCCGAUUCUUCUGCAUGCACGAGGCCUCUCUCAAUAAUAGUGGAAUUUUUAAUGUGGCACCCUCUGAAUUUAUAUGACGCAUCCAAAAUGGUUAAAAACCUUUAUAAUAAACAGAUCUUUUAUUAGUAGCAUAUCCCGACACUGUCCUGCAGCUCUCUAACAAUGACACAUUGUCCAUGUAGCCGCGUACGAAGGCUAAGUCAAAGCAUUAGUGCACGGUAUUACAUUGUACACAUUGUAUUUCACGGCCUUUUUAUUUUUGUCAUUUAUCUCUAGUUGUGCAUGUCCAUAUUUGAUUACUUGUUGCAAAACCAGUUGCCCGUUGGGGGUCAAUAAAGGUUGAAUUAAUUAGCACUCUGACUACAGAUAUGGGGAUGUGUAAGCAAGGAGCUGUUUUCUUGUUGCCAUAUUGGGACUUAUUAAAAGCAAAACACAUUUGUUUGUUCCUGAAUGACAUGCAUUCUCGUCUUACCCAUUUUGUGUAGAGGCUAAUAGAAUUGGGCCUUUGUGCCACUGCAUGUACCACAGGGAAACAUAAAGGCCUGAAUUACUAGUUGAAAGUUCCUAGAUAACAAAUGAUGUGUUUAAAAAAAACAUGGAGUAUGAUAUGGGCUUGAGCCGGCACAUCCAUACAUCAAUAAGUUGAGUACCCACAUAUACAUAUUUUUUUUUAAUACAUUGGUCUAAUGUUAUAAUCUCUAUAACACCUUCUAUCUAGGACAUUAUUUUCUUGCUCCAGGCGAGGUAAAGCCCUGUGACUACCGGCAGACUUCUCGUCCCAGUCACAAUGAAGUAAAAUACUGAAUACCUCAUUAUUGUUAAGAAAAAUCAUCGCUUACGACACCUCAGCAAUCUGAUCCACUUAAAAAAAA